AUCAAACAGAUUAUUAGGGUUCCAAUAAACAUUGAUUGCACAGUUAAUGUUUCCCACCAAAUCCAAUCCCUCCAUCCUCCUCACCUCUCUCUCUCUCUCUCUGUAACCUUGAAAGCUUUUCUCUUUAACUUUGCAUGAUUUGAUCCCAAAAAGUUGAUUCCUUUCUCUCGUUCUCGAUUGCGUGAAUCUGUGAAGCCUCCGCCAUGACAGAAGUCCUUCACUUUCCUUCAUCUCCAACACCAAGCGCCUCUUCGUCUUCCUCGCCUUCCCCAUCCGCCUCCCGCUCCAAUGCCACUCUCCUCAUCACCUCCGACCAUCAUCGCCGACGUAACCCAGUUCCCGGAUUCCCCCAAGAUGUUGACUUUCGCGCCUCAAUCGAACAACAUCAAGAUUUGGAAGAAUUGAGACGGAGCGUCGUCGACGAAGACGGAGACGAAGAAGAAGAAGACGACGGAGGGGAAGGUCAGCAGAUUUCGCUGCUGGCGCUCCUGGUGGCCAUUUUCAGGAGAUCUCUGGUCGCUUGCAAGAGCAAUCGAAGGGAGCUCUGCAGCAUGGAGAUCGGGUGGCCCACCAAUGUACGGCACGUGGCGCACGUGACUUUCGAUCGGUUCAAUGGCUUCUUGGGCUUGCCCGUUGAGUUCGAGCCUGAGGUUCCCAGAAGAGCUCCUAGCGCCAGUGCAACAGUCUUUGGGGUAUCAACGGAAUCGAUGCAGUUAUCAUAUGAUUCAAGAGGCAAUUGUGUCCCAACCAUUCUCUUGUUGAUGCAAAACUGCUUAUACGGUCAAGGAGGCUUGCAGGCAGAGGGUAUUUUUAGACUCACUGCUGAGAAUAGUGAGGAAGAGGCAGUUAGGGAGCAACUAAACCGAGGAUUUAUACCUGAGCGAAUCGAUGUUCACUGUUUGGCAGGGCUUAUCAAGGCAUGGUUUAGAGAACUACCUACAAGCGUUCUUGAUGUUCUGUCCCCUGAACAAGUCAUGCAAUGCCAAACAGAAGAUGAAUAUGUCGAGCUUGUUAGGCUUCUUCCACCCACAGAAGCUUCUCUUCUUGAUUGGGCCAUCAAUCUAAUGGCUGACGUUGUUCAGUAUGAGCAUGUUAACAAGAUGAACUCACGCAACAUCGCUAUGGUUUUUGCUCCUAAUAUGACUCAGAUGGAUGAUCCAUUGACAGCGCUGAUGUAUGCGGUUCAAGUGAUGAACUUCCUCAAGAUGCUGAUAGAAAAAACACUAAGGGAAAGGCAAGACUCUGUAGUAGAGCAAGCUCACGUCUGCCCUUUGGAACCUUCCGAUGAGAGCGGUAACCAAAGCCCUUCACAGUCUUUGGCUUUUGAUCCUACUGAACAGAGUGAAGAGACGCAAUCAGACUACGUUGAAGAUGCAGAAAACCAGAGUCCAAGCAGUGAGAUAUCAGAUGAAUCAACCUUUGAGACCAAUGCCAGGAGAACCGGGCCAGUAAGCGACUUUGGUCAGACAGAAACAGAGAGAAAAAGUAGUGUGCAAGUGAUGGUUCUGGCUCCUCAGGCUCAGUGGCCUGUGAGCAGAACAAAAGCAUUAACCAACUUGAGCCGUGUAGGUUCGAGGGUAGAGCGUACUGAAGCUUGGCGGUGAAGACAGAGGAGCAGAGCAAAACCCUCGAGGAGACUCUAAAACCAAAAUUGUUGGUUGACCUGGUUUUGUAUUUGUUAAUGUUCUGUUCAUGUCGUUUCUAAUUUUUUUUCUUUUCUCAAUGUGUUUCUUUUGUGUUAAACCGUCCAUACUACCAAUGCUUAAUCAAACUUGUAAACCGUAUUGAACCGGUCUCUCUCGGGCCUUUGAAGAUGUUAUGGUGAAGCAUGUUCUUCCUA